CUCUGUAAUACGAGACCCAACUGCAGACCAUGUUUCUUCUUUGUUUGCUCACGUUUAUUGUGCUAAAAGCACUUACAGGUGAGGCAGAGGUGGUUGAUGACUUUAAUACGUGUAGUGAGUAUUUUUACCAACACACAGAACCAAGUGGGAUGGAUCAGAAUGCCAAGAAAAUCUGCCAGAUGUUGGAAAAUGAAGGUUAUUAUUAUGCUACACUUUACUCGGUUCAUCACAAAAUUCCGCUGUACAGUGCAUAUACUCUUGACCCUAAAUGCUUGACUACGGAUCAACAAAGAUCAACCUUUCCAUGGCACAUAGAGCCACAGAUUUCUCAUUUCAGUGAACCCUACAUGGACCUGGAGAGUGACUUUAACAAAAAUAUUAUAAAGAGAAAGCAAGCCAUCAGCAAUGACUACAGUGCAACAGGAUAUGAUCGUGGACACCUGAACCCUAAUAGUUUUCAAUGCGAUCGUCAGGCAACAUUUACACUGACCAAUGUGGCACCUAUGGAUGCGUGCUUUAACCGUAUCCAAUGGAAGAAUAGUGAGAGUAGUCUGCGGAGACUUUUAAUGGAUCAGCUUAAGGAGGACGAAGAUGCAGUUGUCUACCUUGUCACAGGUACUGUACCCAAUCCAAAUUCAACAAUACCAAAAAGGGAAAACUCUGAGGAUUCUCAGAGGGUCACGGUGCCCUCACACAUCUGGACAGCUGUCUGUUAUAAACACAAUACUAAAGAUGAGAAGUCUUUUUCCUUUGGCUAUAUAGGAAAAAACCAGCCAGAAAUCAGCAUAAUCCCAAUGAGUGUUUCAAACUUAAAUACUAAGUUGAGUGAACUCUAUUCAUCAUCAAGUCAAGUGUCAAUUAAAAUAUUUGUUGACGAUUGUUUCGCUGGUAAUGUUAAAUCUGAGAAUGCUGUAAAGAUGUUUGUAACUAAACUCCCAGAGUAUCAAAGACUCCAGAUGACCACAGAUGUGCUGAAUACAUUUAAUGCAGGCAAAAGAGUGAGUGACAGUAACAUUGACAGCCCUCAAUAUGAGGUGACUGGAAUUAGCACAAAAAUUAGAAGUAACAGUUUACACAGUUAUUCCACUAUGGCAGAAGAAAUGAAGAAUAUGGGAAGUGCUUGUCUUAUAACUACUGCUAAAAAGAGAAUGUUUAAUGCUGAAAAGAGUGAACUCAGAAAAAGAGAUGUGUCUGAGCGGUCUGAAUCUGUUGAUUGCCAGCUUGUCCCAGAGAAAUCUGUUGCCGGAUGGCAGACUGCAGCUGAUGGCUCACUUUGCCAAAAGGUCUCAGACACUAGUUUUGGUUGUAAAUGCACCACAAAAAGUGACACCAGGCCAUGCUGUUCUUCUCCAUGCCUGUAUAGGAAAGAACAAAAGAGCUACUUGUGUUACUCAGGUCCGAGACUGAUACAGUGCUCACCCCAAUACUCACUCAUCACAUAUAAGGGCGAGAUGUGCAAAGAUAAUUAUCCCUGCGCCACAUACGGUUAUGACUACUACUGGUGUUGGAAAGACUCUGGGUCUUGGGACUACUGCAGCCCUCCUCUGUGGCAAAGUAAGGCUAAAGAUGGGAAUUAUUGCCGCAACAACCACGCCUGUGCCAAAUAUGGUAAAAGCAAGCCGUAUUGCUACACCGAUUAUGACAAUGAUGAAAAACCUUGUUGCAUUUCUGAUGACUGUUUCUCUGCUGUGAAUGGAAAAAUCUGCAAACCUCAUUAUCCAUGUGGUUACCAUGGCCAUAAAUACCUGUGGUGCUAUACUACUGAUGACAGUUGGGAUUACUGUUGCAAAAACUGUGGACAUUAGUCGGUUCACAAUGUUUUACGUUUUCCAUUUAUUACUAACCUAGAAUGAAGUGUAUGCAGUUUUAUUUCAAGUUUCAUUUUGACUGUACCUGUAACAGAUACUAACCAAAAGUUACUAACCUAAACCAUAAAAGUACUAACCUAAACCAUUAAGACAUCCAUAUACUUAUGAAAAUAAAAGCAGAUUAAAAUGA